AGCGUCGUUAAAUACGGGCAGAACCCGGUCGCGUGUGGCGGUCGGUAUCGGAUUCCUUCCAUUUCGUAGCUCGUACUCCUCUUCUGGGAUUUCUCUGCAUUUCUCGUUCUCGAGCCUUCACACUUCCUCCUAUUCUCCGCGGCUAGUCGGAUACUUACGUUUCUACCUGAGACAUGGAAGAGGAGUUCACGAAAUCCGUUGAGAACGGGCUGAGGCUGGCUAAGCGGGUGUAUUCCGGCAAGGACCGGUACACAGUGGCGCCACCUAGGCCGCCGGUUGGGAUGGAGAGUUCGCCGACUUCUCUGAUUCCUUCAGCGCCGAUGGUCUAUGCAGUGAUUGGCGAUCCGGCGAUCGUGGACAACCCGGAUUUUCCGAGCUACCAGCCGCACGUGUAUGGACGGUGCGAUCCGCCGGCUUUGAUUCCUCUCCAGAUGAAGGAGAUUGCGAUGGAGGUGGAUAGCUACCUAGACACGGCUUUUGUAUCCGUCCGCGGGCGGUGGCGGGUUCACUGCGUGAUGAGUAGCCGGAAAUGUGACUGCCGGCUCGUGCUCCCCAUGGGAGAGCAGGGUUCAAUUCUAGGUGUAGAGGUGAAUUUUGCCAAAAGAUCGUACUCUACCCAGCUGAUUGAGAGAGGCAGUAGCCAAAGCAUGGAGAAAUUGCCAAAUAAUGAACACGCGGGAUAUUUGAAGUCCCUCUUUUUUUCCUUAACGAUCCCUCAGGUUGAUGGAGGAUGUGAUAUAUCCAUUAUUGUCAGUUGGUCUCAGAAAUUAUUGUACAAAGAUGGCCAUUUCUCAAUUAGCAUUCCAUUCAAUUUUCCAGAGUUUGUAACUCCGUUUGCAAAAAUAGUUGCAAAACGAGAAAAGAUACAGCUUAAUGUGAAUAUCUGUAAUGAAAAUGAAGUUAUGAUCAAGAAAGCAAGCCAUGCUUUAAAGGAAAAGGGUCGGCAAGCAGGGAAGUUAUCAUUCCUGUAUGAAGCAGACGUUGAAAACUGGUCAACUAAAGAUUUUGAUUUCUCAUAUAGUAUCAUCUCAAGAGACUUUUAUGGAGGCAUACUCUUAAAAACACCAUCAUUCCAAGACUAUGAUCAGACAAAUAUGUUCUGCCUUUACCUAUAUCCAGGAAAUCAUCAGAAAAGAAAGGUCUUCAGAAAGGAAGUAGUUUUCCUUGUCGAUAUAAGUGGAAGCAUGGAAGGGAAGGUUCUUGAACAUGUUAGGAAUGCACUGUUUUUAGCCCUCUCAGAGCUUGUUCCAGCAGAUUAUUUUAACAUAAUAGCUUUCAAUGAAAGAACUUUCACUCUUUCAUCAUAUAUGGAACCAGCAAAUGAUGACAAAUUAGAAGAUGCUAAACAUUGGAUAAGCAAAAAUUUUGUAGCACAUGGCGGGACAAAUAUGAUGCAGCCACUUAAUGAGGCUCUGGCUUUAUUAUCUAAUGCAAGGAAAGGCUCAGUCCCAUAUGUUUUUCUUGUCACUGAUGGUGCUGUCGAGAACGAACGUGCAAUAUGCCGUGCUGUUAAAACUUGUAUAGAAAAUAGAGGCCCCAUAACGCCAAGAAUAUGCACAUUUGGCAUUGGUACAUAUUGCAACCACUAUUUCUUGCAAAUGUUGUCAUCCAUUGGUAGGGGACAUUAUGGAGCUACAUAUGAUCAAGGUUCUGUCGAAUCUACAAUGCAAAGAUGGUUCAGAAGAGCUUUGUUUCCCUUAGUUGCCAAUAUAAGUGUUCACACGUUUGAUGACCUUGAUGCUUUUGAGGUUUUGCCUAGCAACAUUCCAGAUCUUUUAGCUGGAUGCCCAUUGAUCAUAUCAGGCAAGUACCAGGGGAAGUUUCCAGACACCGUAAAAGUUGAAGGUAGGUUGGCUGACAUGAGUGACAUCGCUAUCAAUCUGAAGGUGCAAAAUAUGGGAAACAUACCUUUAGAAAGAGUAUUUUCCAAGCAACAAAUUGAUCUUCUUACGGCCCAGGCGUGGUUUUCUGAAAGCAAGCAACUUGCGGAUAAGGUUGCUAAAUUAAGUUUACAUUCUGGCAUUCCGUCAGAAUAUACCCAUAUGGUCUUCCUUGAAAAGGGGGGAAAAAUGCCAGAAGGCCCGAAACAGAAACAUGAAAAAUCAUGGACUGAUAGUGCUGGAGACCACAUCCCCACGCCAAUUCUGCUCCAUAACUUAACUCCUGGAUUUGGAAACCCAUUGGCGACCGCAGAGAAUCUUCCUCCAGGUUAUAGCAAACCAAAGCAUGCACAGCCCUUCGAAGAAGCUAUUGAGAAAGCUGUCGGCUGUUGCAGCGGAAUAUUUGAUUGCCGCUGCUGUAUGUGCUGCAUCAAAACUUGCUCUAAGAUGAACGAUCAGUGCGUGGUGGUUCUCACGCAGUUAUGCGCGGCGCUUUCAUGCCUCGCAUGCAGCGAGUGCUGUUCGGUAUGCUGUGGCGGAUCUGAUUAAACUUUUUUUUUUUUUUUUCGCGGCGUGGUUUAUGUAAUGUAUAGCGGUACAUAUUCAUCCUGUUCUCUUUCCAGGUUUGUUGAAGGUGAGUGCGUGUUGUGUAUUCUAUAA